GUAAAUGAAAUACCGUACAACACCAGUCACUGCUCAAUUGGUUUGCUCGGAGAUGAAAGUUGUCGAUUAGAUAUCCACGUGUUCGCAUUUUACAUCGUAGAUCUGCCACCAUCUUGAUCCUGAUACACUGCCGCGUCUGCCACUAUCAUCAUCAUGCCCCUACCUCCGCCAGCCCCGCCAGCCUACUCCCCAGAAAACUGUGCCAUAUGUCUUGAAAGCCUCCACAUCCCAUCCAACGACGACGAAGGCCCGUCCCAGAUCAUCGACGACGUCGAGCUGCACUGUGGCCCGCCAGGCUCUGGCGCGAGCGGGCACCAUUUUCACUGGAGCUGUAUCAUGGAAUGGGCAAAGACGGGGGGCGAUAAGAGUCGCUGUCCGUUGUGCCGUCAGAACACGCUCGAUCGAAAUGGCCGGUUCAUAGUGGAUGUAAGGAACGAAGGGGGUUUUACGGGCGGUAUGGACCUAGGCGAAGAAAUUGACGAAGAGCUAUAUCUUGACGCACACCCCGAAGAACGAUACAAGAUCGCUUUCCUCGGUUUCAUGGCUCAAUCGGACUUUGACGAGGCUGGUCUGGUGUUAAGGGAGCACGGUGUGGACGUGAACAGUGCUUACGUGCCUGGAGGACAAACCGCCAUGCAUAUGGCCGCUUUGAACGACGACGUGGAGGGUAUCCAGUUUCUCCUUCAAAAUGGGGCCAACCCGCACACAAAAGACGAUACAGGCAUGAUACCCCUCGAUCUGGCUAGAGAUGUGGAUGCAGGGCGAGCUGUCUCGAUGUUGCAAAAUCUGUAAAGAUGGCAUUUGUGCAUACAAAAUUGCACUUGUCUUUCUCACUACGUGAUCCUUCUUUGAUAUCUACAUGUAUGAUCAAAAACAAUAACAAUGGGUUUUUUUACCGAGU